GGCCGGCGCGGUGGGGACGGCAGCCACCAUGUCGGAUACGCGGCGGCGAGUGAAGGUGUACACUCUGAACGAAGACCGGCAAUGGGACGACCGAGGCACCGGGCACGUCUCCUCCACGUACGUGGAGGAGCUCAAGGGGAUGUCGCUGCUGGUCCGGGCCGAGUCGGACGGAUCACUACUCUUGGAAUCAAAGAUAAAUCCAAAUACUGCAUAUCAGAAACAGCAGGACACGUUAAUUGUUUGGUCCGAAGCUGAGAACUAUGAUCUGGCACUGAGUUUUCAGGAAAAAGCUGGCUGUGAUGAGAUUUGGGAGAAAAUCUGCCAGGUUCAAGGUAAGGACCCAUCAGUGGAAGUCACACAGGACCUUAUUGAUGAAUCAGAAGAAGAGCGAUUUGAAGAAAUGCCUGAAACCAGUCACCUGAUUGACCUGCCCACAUGUGAACUCAAUAAACUUGAAGAGAUUGCUGACUUAGUCACCUCCGUCCUCUCCUCGCCGAUUCGUAGAGAAAAGUUGGCUUUGGCCUUGGAAAAUGAAGGCUAUAUUAAAAACCUACUGCGGCUCUUUCAAGCGUGUGAGAACCUGGAAAACACUGAAGGCUUGCACCAUUUGUAUGAGAUUAUGAGAGGGAUCUUAUUCCUAAAUAAGGCGACUCUGUUUGAGGUGAUGUUCUCUGACGAGUGUAUUAUGGAUGUCGUGGGAUGCCUUGAGUACGACCCUGCUUUGGCUCAGCCAAAAAGGCACAGAGAAUUCUUGACCAAAACUGCUAAGUUUAAAGAAGUUAUACCAAUCACAGAUUCUGAACUAAGGCAAAAAAUACAUCAGACUUACAGGGUACAAUAUAUUCAGGACAUCAUUUUGCCUACACCAUCUGUUUUUGAAGAGAAUUUUCUUUCUACUCUUACAUCCUUUAUUUUCUUCAAUAAAGUUGAGAUAGUCAGCAUGUUACAGGAAGAUGAAAAGUUUUUGUCUGAAAUUUUUGCACAAUUAACAGAUGAGGCUACAGAUGAUGAUAAACGACGUGAGUUGGUAAAUUUUUUCAAGGAAUUCUGUGCAUUUUCUCAGACAUUACAACCUCAAAACAGGGAUGCAUUUUUUAAAACAUUGGCAAAAUUGGGGAUUCUUCCAGCUCUUGAAAUUGUAAUGGGCAUGGAUGAUUUGCAAGUCAGAUCAGCAGCUACAGAUAUAUUUUCUUAUCUAGUAGAAUUUAGUCCAUCCAUGGUUCGAGAAUUUGUAAUGCAAGAAGCCCAGCAGAGUGAUGACGAUAUCCUUCUCAUUAAUGUAAUAAUUGAACAAAUGAUCUGUGAUACUGAUCCUGAGCUAGGAGGUGCUGUUCAAUUAAUGGGACUUCUACGAACUCUAAUUGAUCCAGAGAACAUGCUGGCUACUAAUAAUAAAACUGAAAAAAGUGAAUUUCUCAACUUCUUCUACAACCAUUGUAUGCAUGUCCUCACGGCACCACUUUUGGCCAAUACUUCAGAGGACAAAUGUGAAAAAGUAGAUAAUAUAGUGGGAGCUAACAAAAACAACACAAUUUGUCCAGAUAAUUACCAAACAGCACAACUACUUGCCUUAAUUUUAGAGUUACUCACAUUUUGUGUGGAACAUCACACAUAUCACAUAAAAAACUAUAUUAUGAACAAAGAUUUACUGAGAAGAGUCUUGGUCUUGAUGAAUUCAAAGCACACUUUCCUGGCAUUGUGUGCUCUUCGCUUUAUGAGACGCAUAAUUGGCCUUAAAGAUGAAUUUUAUAACCGUUACAUCACCAAGGGAAAUCUUUUUGAACCAGUUAUAAAUGCUCUCCUGGAUAAUGGAACCCGGUACAAUCUGUUGAAUUCAGCAGUUGUUGAAUUGUUUGAAUUUAUAAGAGUGGAAGAUAUCAAGUCUCUUACUGCACAUAUAGUUGAAAACUUUUAUAAGGCACUUGAAUCGAUUGAAUAUGUUCAGACAUUCAAAGGAUUGAAGACUAAAUAUGAGCAAGAAAAAGACAGACAAAAUCAGAAACUCAACAGUGUACCAUCUAUAUUACGUAGUAACAGAUUCCGCAGAGAUGCCAAAGCCUUGGAAGAAGAUGAAGAAAUGUGGUUUAAUGAAGAGGAAGAGGAGGAAGGAAAACCAGUUGUGGCACCAGUGGAAAAAUCUAAGCCAGAAGAUGAUUUUCCAGAUAGCUAUGAGAAAUUUAUGGAGAAUAAAAAAGCAAAGGAAAGUGAAGACAAAGAAAACCUCCCCAAAAGGACAUCCUCUGGUAGCUUCAGACUUACUUUCUCCCACUCAGCCAGUGCUGCUAAUGGAGCAAACAGUGCAAACAGUAAAUCUGUGGUGACUCAGACAUCACCAGCAAGUUCCAAUGGCUCUCCAUCCAAAACUGCAAACUUGGCCACGUCAGUAACAGCCACCAAGGGAAGUUUGGUUGGCUUAGUGGAUUAUCCAGAUGAUGAAGAGGAAGAUGAAGAAGAAGAAACAUCUCCCAGGAAAAGACCUCGUCUUGGCUCAUAAAAUCUUGGCUUGGGGACCCUCAACAUGUGGUCUUACUGAAAUGCUGCAGCUGUUCACUGAGCUGAGACCCUGAAUCAGAAAGCUUUCUCACUGGAACUGAUAAACCUACAAGGAGUAGCAAACGACACUCCGUGUAUCAGCUCAGAGUUUAGUUCUGUAUCAAACCAGGCUUUCCAGGAACUUGAUUGCUUGCUAGUAAUUCGGAGGGGUUUGCCUUUCCAGCUGUCCAGAAGACAGGGGGAAAGUUAGUAACCAGAACCUGAGAGGGCUUCUAAGCAGGAUGGCUCGGGUUUGGGGGAGGGAAAGGUUGAGAGAACAUUCUGAAUGCAGGGUUGCUCAAGGGGCAUCCAAUCCAGAAACCGUUGUAAACCCAAUAACAUUACUUGUAUAAUGGUGCUGGCCGUGUUCUUUCAAAUCAGUUGCCUCUUUUUAAAAGAAAUAUUUAUGGAAAAGAAGUUCAACGAUCAUCAAAAAAUGACAUGAAGCUAUUGGGACCAUUACGUCACAGAUUUGACUGAAAUUCAACCGUAGAGGUAUUUGGAGAGAAGUCUACCCUCUAUGACAGUGUUUGUGGUUUUAUGCACCAGAAAGGCUCAGUGUGCAUUUUGGUGAAAACGAGCUAGCUGGAUUCAAAACAGUGUUCUGUUGUGUAAGCUUCAAAUCCGCACUGUCAGAGGUAACAGAUGCCAAGAAACGGUAGUGUUCCAAACAGCAUUUCCCUAGAAUCCCAGGUAGUGGGUCAAGCAGUGUGUUUCUAACUGCUGACUACCAGUACCAGAGUCUGUGGAAGAGACUUUGAAGCCAUUUUCUGCUUUGUUAGUAAAACUCUCGAGCUGCCAGGCAAAUUUUAAAGUGUAAUUUAUCAAGACUAACACACAAAGAUGCAUACUGGAUCAAGUGGCAUUAAAUAUCUAGAAGCCAUUUGGACCAAGAAGUUGCUGAAGUGUCGUCGGCAUGUGUCGCGUGGAGUUUCCCAUAAACAAGCAGGUGUGAUGGGAAAGCUGGUUAGGAUGCGGGAAAGCACAUUCCAUACAUACGUGACUUUCAAAUACUAAAAUUGAGGCAAACAGUUGAGAGGUUUUAUUUUUAGAACAGCGAAGCGAGUUAACUGUAAAUAUUUUAAUGUUAGUUUGCUCACCUAUGAUCUGAGAUCAUGCUGAAGUGAGAAAAUAUCCCCAAACUACAGUCUAAUACAUUGGGAAGAAAAAAAGGAGCUACAAACAGCGAUUCUAGCCACAGUCUUUCGAUCACCCUUGUGAUGUGUUAGGGUUCCAUUUUCCUGGACUAGCUGGAACUACAGCAGUGUCCUCUGUUCUGGAGAUUCUGUCGUUAAUCGUAACGUUGCUGUUGUUUGGAAAAGAUGGGCUGUCUGUGUAGAUAUGAAGUAUAGUUUUUCCAUAAAACAGAUGUUUAUUUUGUAUUAAAAAUACCACUGUACUUGUUUUACACCAUUUGUAUACAUGUGGUGAUAUUAAUGCUGAACUGUAAAAUUCAGGAAUUAAAAUGUGACCCUGUAAUUCCAUAA